UGGAAUCAGCCCCGUUUUAACACGUUCACUACAGAAUGAUUCAUAUUUGAUCCACUUUUAUGUAAAUUUAUGGUUGGUAGCCCACGAGUUAACAAUGGAACAUAAUACCGUCGAAGUUCAUGUCAACGCUGAGGAUGUCGGUGUAAAAUUCCCGAUGGAUGACAAUCAUUCAAAAUCAUCAGAUCUUCAGAAUUCAAUCGGUCAAAAAAAUAUCAAGACAGUUAAAAUUGAUGAAGCUAUUUCACAAAUGGUGCCCGACCCACCAGUAGAAUUUUUAUGCAAUAAGAUGUGUAAAUUUUCUGGUGAUAUCACUUCGAUUGGUAUGGAUACCAUCACCGAUAAUGACAAUCAAAAGAACGAUAGCUUGCCAGCUUCGAAAGAUGGUCGUGAAUCAUAUCUUUAUGCCAAGCCAAGAUAUCGUUUUCAAACAUCACACGACAAUCAUCAUUUAUCAGUUCCAUCAAUGGCUAGCACUUCGCAAACACGUCGAUCUCAUUCCAUUCAUGUGAUUGAAUCUAGCAUUAAUUCUAUUGCAUUACAUCCAACGAAAACUGUGAAAACAAAUAAUAAUGGUCUUAUUCCUAAUAAUACAUUUUCAUCGAAUACCAAUCGCCGAUCGACUAUUCAUCGUUUCACUGAAACUAGUGAUGAAUUAUACGUUCCGAAAGAAUCGUGGUUAACUAGUAUUUAUAUAAAAUUACCCAAAUCAAAAUCAUUCUGCCGUUUUCAGCUCAAAUUACUUAAUUUACCAUUGUUUGCAUCCACUGUUCGAUAUCUAGAAGAGACGGCUACCGGUGAAAAUAAAGAAAUGUUACAAAGUAAUUCAUUCCUUUAUGCUGUGUUUGAUCAAUUUGUUCCACAUAAUAGAAUUAUGGUCAAUACAUUGAGCAAACAUGUUCGACGCAUUCGGAAAUAUGAGAUAUUAGCUGUUAUUGAAUUCAAUUUUUUGCGUACAUCAUCAAAUGUUAGUGGCAAACGGAAUUCAUUUACAACUCGUCAUGCUAAUAAACGGGAAAAUUUUGGCAAAAAUUGUAAUCAAAAAUUUGUUCCUUACGAUUUUAAUCGAGUGAUACUUCAACCAAAUCCAAAUGAAAACGGUUUUGAAUCCGACUACAUUAACGCAUCACAUAUCGAUAGUUUACUGAAACCGAAUGCCUAUAUUGUCGCCCAAGGCCCAACCGAAAAGACUAUGAACAAUUUUUGGCGCAUGAUAUGGCAACAAAAUAUUCAAGUUAUUGUCAUGUUGACCAAAGUAUACGAAUUCAUAAGAGUUAUGUGCAUACAAUAUUGGCCAAGUAAAUUGGAUCAUCCAGAAUUGUUUGAUCAUCGUUUUGAAGUAACAUUAGUUGAAGAAGAUCAACUCGCCGAUUAUAUAUGUCGUACGAUGCAAAUUCGAGAUUUAUGCAACGAUGAAUUGAAUAAAAAUUUUCGAACUAUCUAUCAAUUACAGUUCCAGAGCUGGAAUAUCACUACUUGUCCGUAUUCGGACUCGAUACUUAAAUUUCGCCGACGAGUUAAACAUUAUCAGAAUCAGGCAGUGAAUGCUGGACCUCUGCUCGUUCAUUGCAGCAAUGGAUGUGGAAGAAGUGGUACAUAUGUUUGUUUGGAUGCAAAUCUGGAUCUUGUCGAUGAAGAAAGUAUUGUCGAUAUAUUCAAUUAUGCUAAAAAGCUUCGUAAUUCAAGAGCUAAUAUGAUUGAAAAUUUGGAACAAUAUAGAUUUAUUUAUGAAACAAUUGAAGAAUGGUAUAUUUGCGGUAGAACAUGGUUCGACGUCAGCGAGAUUAGUCAACAAAUAAAACAUAGAUCAGUCAAAAACAAAGCGACCAAACGAAAUGAAUAUCAAGCCGAAUUUGAGAAAUUAAUGUCCAUGACUUCCAAAUUCACCAUUGGAGAUUGUGCCGGUGGACAUCGAUUAGAAAAUCGUGAUAAAAAUCGAGAUGUUUCAAUUGUUCCUCCUGAUAAUUUCCGUCCAUAUCUAACAUCGGUUCAGUCGAUUGAUCAAUCUGAUUAUAUUAAUGCUGUUUUUGUUGAUGGUUAUUCCAGACCUCGUGAAUAUAUUGUAACUGAAUGGCCACUGAAAAAAACAAUGCAAAAUCUUUGGUCACUGAUUUAUGAUCAUGAUUGUAAUACUGUUGUAGUACUAGGCGGUGUACCGAAGAAUGAUAAAUCAUUUCAGGAAUUUUGGCCUAGAGAUUCAAAAACCUGUAAAUAUGGUCCAAUAUUUACUGUCGAAACCAUGUCGCACAAUAAUCCACCAAAGAUUGAUAGUUGGGUGUUUCGUAUAACGAAAAAACUCACCUCUCUAACCGAAUUGAUGGCUGGUAUUAAAGCUGAACCAAAAGUGGUUCAAUUUUUUGAAUUUUUAGCCUGGCCUUUUGAUUACAAAGUUCCCACUUCUACCAACGCAUUAGUCGAAUUAAUUCACAUGGUUGAACGAUGGCGACAAAGAACAAGUUAUGGUCCAGUUCUAGUGAUUUCAGGAAAUGGAAAAUCAAGAGUGGGCGUUUAUAUUGCCGCCAAUUUUGCAAUCGAACAAGUAGUUGCUCAUGGAGAAAUUGAUAUAUUUAAUGCUGUUAAAACUGUCCGACGACAUCGAUCAGCAUUGAUCGAAACAAUUAUGGAGUACAAAUAUUGCUACGAUUUAACACUUCAUUAUGUUAGCCACUAUAUGAAUAAAGAUAAUCAAGUAUUCAAAACAACAGCUAGUACUAAAAAUGCUCCAUCGUAGUGAACUCGGGAAAAUGAAAAAAAAAACUUUUCAAAUUAUGGUGAUGAACCUAAGUUUUUGAAAAAUAAGUCAUUUCAAUUUGGCGAUCUGGAUUUUACG